AUGGCUAUAGGCCGGCGGGACGUCAUGGGCUUCGGCGCGCUGGCGGGGGGUCUGAUGGGCUGGGCUGGGUGGCUGGGCUCCUCGAUGGAGGCCUCCCAGUCGCGGUCCCGGAGCUCGGGCUUCCGGGAGUUGGAGGACGCCACCAGGUGGGAGCUGAGCUUCUUCAAGGAGACGCUGAGGAGUGUGGAGGCAAUGUGUCCGAGGAACUCCAGGGUGUUGUACCACUACACCGACCUGGAGAGUGCCAAGGCCAUCCUGAAGGGGCACCAAGGCAUUCGCCUCUCGCGGGGCGGCUACCGCGGGGGCGGGGUCUUCUUCUCGCGGCGCCGGCCCACGGAUGCCGAGGAGGACCCCGAGAAGGCCAAGAAGCUCUGGGGCAAGAUCUUCCCCCUCUUCCGGGCUGCCCAGCUGCGCGCCAACUACGGGAAGGACUUCCAGGGCCGGGAGCGCCAGGCGGACGCGGUGCUGGUCUGCUUCGCCCCGCAUUCCAUGGUGGAGGACUUGGACCUGAUCGACCGCUCGGGCGCCAGCUUCAUUUCUCUGGAGCGCUUCGAGACCUUCGACGCGGAGUACUUUGCCAUCCGAAACAUUCCGAGGGCUUACCGCCUGGCGCCGGCACCUUCCUGA